AUGGAUCAAAUCUUUACACUACAACAAAUACUGGAGAAGUCAUGGGAAUUUGCUAAACCAGUUUAUACAUUAUUCAUCGACUUGGAGAAGGCUUAUGAUCGAGUACCACGCAACACACUUUGGGAAGUAUUAAUGGAAUAUGGAAUUCAUGGUCGUCUCUUGGCUGCAAUUCAAUCUUUAUACAACAACUGCAAGGACUGUGUUCGAAUAAAUGGUAGGAAAUCAGAAUCUUUCCAGGUGAAAGUUGGACUUCGACAAGGGUGUGUAUUAUCCCCGUUAUUAUUUAUGGUAUUUAUGGACAAGAUAUCUCGAACAAGUACCAACCCAGCCUGUGUCGAGAUCGGUGAUGUAAAGGUGGAUUCUCUUCUCUUUGCUGAUGAUGUUGUUCGCCUCGCAGCAUCAGCAAAUGAUCUACAAAAUGCUCUCGACCGAUUUGAAGAAGUGUGUUCGGCCUUUGGUAUGAAGAUCAGUUCGAAGAAAACAGAAUUAAUGGUGAUUUCAAGAGAGUCCCAUCAAUGUACACUUCAAUUGAACAACAAUCAACUGGAUCAAGUGAACAAAUUCAAGUAUCUAGGUGUGCAAUUCUCAAAUGAUGGAAAACAGGAUGGUGAAAUCGAUCGACGAAUAGGUGCGGCAAGUGGAGUCUUACGCUCAUUAUAUCGAACAGUUGUAACAAAAACAGAACUGAGCAAAAAGACAAAACUUGCAAUUUUCAAAUCGGUGUAUCGGCCUACCCUGAUAUACGGCCAUGAACAAUGGAUAUUAACAGAGAAAAUUCGAUCAAGAAUCCAAUCGGCUGAAAUGAAAUUUUUACGUAGAAUAGCUGGUGUGACACUACGAGACAAAAUUCGAAGUUCAAUCAUACGUGAAUCUCUACAAAUUGAACCUUUACUUCGUCACAUUGAACGCUCACAAUUACGAUGGUUAGGUCAUAUCCUAAGAAUGCCACAACAGGGACUUCCGUACCAAGUAUUACAAGCUGUACCUACAGGAAAAAGACCAAUUGGAAGACCACGAACCAGCUGGCGCAAAUACAUCGAAAAACUUAUCAAGGAGCGUUUAGGCCUCCAAUGGUUUGAAAUAAAACAAGCUACACAAGAUCGAAAACGAUGGAAACUUCUACUGAACGGGCUUAAACCCCGACCCGAAAGGAUAAGGGAAAGAAAAUGA